GUGCAGACUUCAAUAUCAAAAGGAGCUCGAAAUUAUUUUGCCAAAGUCAAGUGGAAGUGACCACAGUCGAGGCAAUUUAACAAUUGUCAUGAUUCCAAUCAUCAGAUAGAAUUGUUCGCUAUCCUAUCAUCUCGAGUUCCGCCUUAGAUUUUGAAGUUUCUCUCUCACCAAAUUCUCGAGAUUUCCCCACACAUCAUCUCUCUCCCCUCCUGAUUUCUCAGUUCAGUUCUAACCCUUCCCAAUAUCACGAAGAGCGAGACUUCAAACCCUCGCUAUCCCUCGAGCUAUAGAUGCUCCGAUCGAACCAUCAGUUCCACCCACCCCAUUAAAGCCAUGGCCUUCUCAACCCGCACCCUCUUCACCCUCUCCAUCCUCCUCCGCAUAAUCCUCUUCUUCUACGGUCUCUACCAAGACGCGCACUCCCCCCUAAAAUACACAGAUAUAGACUACCAAGUCUUCACCUCCGCAUCGCUGUACACCUCUCGCUCGCUCUCGCCCUACACGCGAGAAACCUACCGGUACACACCUCUCCUCGCCUGGCUCUUACUCCCCACCACAUUUUCUCCCCAGCACCUCUGGUUCCACUUUGGCAAGAUUCUAUUCGCCGUGUGUGAUAUACUGGCGGGAUAUCUACUCCAUGUGAUACUCGUGAGUCGAGGGAUGGAUGUGGGACGCGCGGGGAAAUACGCGGCGAUCUGGUUGUUGAAUCCGAUGGUCGCGACGAUUAGCACGCGCGGGAGUAGCGAGGGGAUCUUGGGGGUGCUUGUCAUAGGAUUAUUGUGGGCGGUGUUGAAAAGAAAGAUUGUGUUGGCUGGGAUGUUGUUAGGCUUAGGAGUGCAUUUUAAGAUUUACCCCGUGGUGUAUGGGAUUAGUAUCGUAUGGUUUUUGGACCGGGACUUGAUUCCAGGUUCUGGAAGCAGGAAAAUCGGAGGCAAAGGAAUGAAGAGAGGAAACGUGGAGAGGGGAAAUGAUGAUAUUUGGGGGAAGAUUAUGGGGUUCAUGAAUCGGGAAAGGAUUACUUUAGUGACGGCCAGUCUGAUGACAUUUAUGGGACUUAAUAUCCUGAUGUACUACAUUUAUGGAUACCCCUUCCUCCAACACACCUAUCUCCACCAUCUAACCCGCAUCGACCAUCGACACAAUUUCUCACCCUACAACACCCUCCUCUACCUGCGCUCCGCUUUCCCCUCCCCCUCUCCACUCCCCUUGGAAUCUCUAACUUUCAUUCCUCAACUUCUCCUCUCCACAGUCCUCCUCCCGCUCGCCCUCUCCAAACAGGACUUGCCCACAACCAUGCUAGCGCAAACCCUCACCUUUGUAACCUUCAACAAAGUAGUCACAUCCCAGUAUUUCCUCUGGUACACCUGUCUACUCCCUCUCUACCUCUCUACUCCCUCUUGUAGCCUCAUCGCAUCACCACGCAAAGGGAUAUUCGCUCUAUUCUUAUGGGUUGCCACACAAGCAUUGUGGUUACAUCAAGCAUUUGAGCUUGAAUUUUUGGGUUCGAGUACUUUUGUGCCCGGUCUAUUUGUGGCGAGUCUUUUAUUUUUCGCUACGAAUGUUUGGAUUUUGGGUGUUAUCGUGAAGGAUGUUGGACGGGGAGCGGCUGUUGUUUCUGGGAAAGUGGUUUAAGGUUUGAGUCUCGAGAAGGACGUUAAGAGGGAGGUUGUGGAAUAAGAUGAAGGCUGUUUACUAGGAUAAUACAUAUCAAUAUGUGCGCCAGAUAGAGAUGUAUAUAGAGAGUAUACAUAUUCCACACAUCGACCUGUAGAUACAUUCUGACACAUCCACAUUAUAAAUCAAUUAGGA